UUGCUGUGACAGUUGGUCACGAAAACCCACACGCAUCUCACUCCCACCCAUGACGACUAGUGGUAGUUCGCGGGCAGCUCCUCCGCCGUCACUACAAGAAGUCCAAAGAAAACUGUCCGUUCAUUCAACAGCUCGACCCAAGAAGGCUCUUCCAGUGUCACAACCACACGUUUCUGGAACCGAGUCUGAUUCAGACUCAGUUCUGUCUCCUGAUCUUGUCUCCCCAACAUCUCAGUCUUAUGGUUCUAACACGGUCUCCGCCAGUACGACUCAGCACCCGCUAUCCUCCAUUGCAGAGGGAAGAUCAGGAAGUGGCGAGGAAUCUGACGAAGACGAAGAAGAAGAGGUGGGUGGUUGGAGGACCGCGACCAAGGCCGAGAAACCACACAGUUCUUUCGACGAGAAAAUGAUCAAGUCGGGCUAUCUAUGGAAGAAAGGCGAGCGACGCAAGACAUGGAAGAAAAGAUGGUUCGUGCUUCGGCCCGCACAUAUUGCGUACUACAAGACGAACGCGGAAUAUCAACUGUUACGCCUUCUCGAUCUCUCCGACGUACAUUCCUGCACCCCAGUCACGCUCAAGAAACACACCAAUACCUUUGGCGUUGUCUCUACUGUUAGGACGUUCUAUCUCCAGGCUGAAAGUCCAGUGGAGGUCCAGCGGUGGGUCCAAGCAAUCCAGGACGCGCAGGAGGCUCUCAUGACCGCUUCAACUCAAACAUCACUGAUAACACCCCCUAUACCGAUCCCCGGAGCUCAAUCAACACCUUGUCGCAUUAUGGUAACGCACUCGCCUCCGCAACCCUCCCACGCUCAAAAUGUAACCUCCUCGGACUCAGAAGAUGCCUCGCCGAGUGCGCAGCGGACAUACUCGACCUCCUCACAGAAUCGCCCUGCAGUUCCUUCCUCACCCACGCGAAUGCAGACUAUACCAAAGGAAGCCGCGAAGAUAGUCCUAUCCGGGUACUUGAUGAAGUGCGGCUCGAAGCGACAUAAUUGGCGCAAACGGUGGUUCGUGUUGAAUGGCGAAAAAUUGGUCUACUCGGGAAGUCACAUGGACACAAAACCCCACCGGCAGUUUUCAUUUUCGGAGAUUCUGGAUGCCCUGGAGUUUGAUAUGCGGAGUCACAAGCAUAGCGCACCUCUUCCUCCCCCUUCCAGUUCGCCAUUAUCAUCGUCAACAGCACCCGAUGAGUCGCACGGUCACUUUACGUUCAAGAUAGUUACGACGAAAAGGACGUUGCUGUUAUGUGCUCCAAGCGAGGAAGAAGAAAUUAAAUGGCUUAGUGCCAUUCGUGCUCUUAUAGCUCGACGAUCAGGCGCUGGUGUUGUGCCAGGAGACGCAAGUGGAGCCGUCGGUAGCGCGCCGAAGCCGGCGGCUUCUGGUGGAGACGCCAAUCAGGGCUCUGGGGGAGGAUCGGCGUCGAGUAGCGGGUUGAGACACAAGGUCAGGAACUUGAGUAUAAGCGGACCGAGUAGCAUUCCCGCAGCGCCCAUUUCGGAGGACUAGACAAAGUACAAAGCAAGAUAACGGCAUUCUUUCAAGUGACCUCAGUUGACCUUGAAUGUAACACUCUCACGUCAGUAUUCUUCCAAUGAUGCUUCGGCGGAUGUAUUUGAAGUU